AUGGACAAGGACACAGAGGAAGCUUUCGUGAAAUGUGAGAUAUGUGCUGAGUUCCAAGCAAAGAAUGUGAGGCGGACAAUGCAGACACACCAAAUACCCGAUCGACCAUGGAGCCGAGUUUCCUCAGACUUGUUCACCUUGAACUCCAAGGAAUAUAUUGUGCUUACGGACGGCUACUUACACUUCAUAGAAGUUGGCGAGUUGAAGGGCACAACCGCAGUAUACAUCAUAAAGUUUCUCACAGAGCAGUUUAGCCGUUACGGCAUACCUGAUGUACUUAUAACCGACAACGGGCCGCAGUACGCCUGCCGAGAGUUCACGGAAUUUUCCAAGGACUGGGAGCUUAAACACGUGAUGUCAUCACCCAGGCAUGCCAAAUCCAACGGUAAGGCCAAAGCGGCAGUGAAAAUAGCAAAGAAGAUUGUCAAGAAAGCCUACAGGGACAACGAGGACUCUUGGCUGGCAUUGUUAGAUCAGCGCAACACGCCUAUGCAAAGUGUACAUUCUAGCCUAGUACAGAGACUGAUGGCAUGA